AUGGUGAGAGGGGCUGCCAAUACCAAUGUUUUGAGGGCGGUGCCACCCAACCUAGGCGGGCCCCAAUCAAACCGGAUCUGGAAGGCGCAGCAGGCAGAAAAGGCCAAGGAGGCAAAAAGAAGGAGGGAGCAAUUUGAGGAAGAGGCCGCAGCUGAGGCGGAGCGCCUGAAGGCAAAGAAGAGCAAGCAACCUGCCGGCAGCAAGAAGAAGGCCACUAGUAACGGGUCCAAUGCACCAGGUUACAAAGCGAGGUCUCAGGCACUACCUCCUGAAGAAGUAGAUGAAAACAAUGCGGCCUAUGGCUGGGGUGCUGCUGGGAACGAGGAGGAAAUUCCCGAGUUGGAACCUGAUGCAAUGCCUUUUGCUAAUGAUGAGGAUAGGAUACCUGAAAAGGAGGACGAGUCAUCUGAGGAUGAUGGGGGAGAAGAAGGACAGGGCGGAGGAGAAGAUGAAGGCAGCGAGGAAGAGGAAGAGCGGUUGCUUCGUAUUCCGAGGCGGAAGGACAACUCAGAAGCUGGAGGUGCUGCCGGACGUGCCAUUGUGAUUGGCGGGGAUGUCGACGAGCAGUAUCUGUUGCAACCAGGCAGAGGAGAGGAAACGACCCCCGAGAGGGCGCUUGCCAAAGUGGCCCUGAUCGGCUGGGCGGUGGGGUGCGACCCUUACCCCAAGCCAGAGGACCUGAUGUACUACCGCGCCGUGAUGGAGGGAAUGGAGCGUUGUGAGGUGGACGGGGAGAAGAACGAUCCGAAGGAGUUCUUUGGGGCAGCCACGUACGCCUACCUGAUGCACUGGCACACCAAGAGAAUGUCCAGUGCCAGGGCGGAAUACUCUGGCGUCAAGAACAUUCGGGGUGUCUUCAACGCCACCCAUCACUUCACUCCAGACAGAUGCAAGACAGACGAGGCGUUGGAGGAGCUGCUGGCCAAAGGGCGAGAGCUCCUCAAAGACGGCGCGUGGCAUACCGACGGCGACGGCAACCCGUUCUCCUCUGACGUGUUCGUCAAUAUCGCCAACGAGGUCUGGUCGAGCGACGGACAGUGCCUUGUGACCUGCAAGCAGCUGGCCUGGACCUGUCUCGUGGUUCAAACCCAUCUGCAAAACAAGAAGCUGUCGCUGGACCGCGACGUCAACGCACGGGCGAUGGACAAGCAGGGGGCGGAAGUGAUGGCGAUCUUGAAGAAGGCGAAGGCUGACAAAAAGAAGAUGGCCCUGAAGUUGAGGCCAGUGAACAAGGCGGUGGAUCUCGCUGCCGCAACGAUAGUGUACUUAAAGAGUGGCGGGGGUAAGAAGAAGAGCAAGAAGAAAAGGGCCGCUAAAGAUCUUGAGAGGGAUGUAGAUGUCUGGGCCGACAUGGAAAAGAUGAACGAGGAAGAAGAAGAGCAGGCGCCUGCAAUUGACGCACAACCUUAG